CCACUAGACUACCAUCUGCAAGCCUUGCCCUCACAAUCUGACUGAUACGGCGCAUAACUAGCGCAGGCAUAUGAACACUCUGACGACGCCCCUUGUCCUGAGCGACCGUACUUGCAGUUUGGCUCUUCCUGAGGCUAUUUGUGCGACUGCAAAUUAGAUACCCGCUUCGACGAGACGAUUCGGAGGCUCUGGCGUGACUGUGACCAAACAUUUGCAAAAGCGGAGGCAACACCUUCAAAGAUGCUCGCCGCUUGCAAAGCGGCUUUAAGCGGGCUAAGCGGCGGCGGCCCCGGCGCCGGCUCCCGCCACGCGCACGGCGGCUCCUCGCCCAGUGACAAGCAGGCGGAGGGCUUUGCGCGCGCUGUCAGCGAGGGCGCGGCGGCGCAGGUGGCGGCUUACGUGGGCGAGACGCGGUCGCUGCUGGUGUGCAGCCUCAAGACCCACCCCGCCAAGAGCACCGCCUGGCACCUGGCCGCCGCCUGCAAGGGCUCCGCCGGACGCGGCCGUGCCGCCGCCGCCGCCGCCUCCGCCCCCAGCAGCGGCAGUGCCAUGCUGGAGCUACUGCUGGCGCUGCACCGGCAGCACGGCUUCCCGGGCGGCGGCGAGCUGCGCGAGCUGCUGGCCAGCCCCAACAAGCGGGGGCAGACCUGCCUGCACGUGGCGGCGGCGAACGGCAACGCGGACGCGGUACGACUGCUGCUGGUCGAGGCGGGGCCGCUGGCGGCGGCGGCGGUGGCGGCGGCGGCGGCUUCCUCCUCGGGGUCUGGCUCCGGCUCGGCGACACCGGAGUCCUCAGGCUCACUGACGGAGGCGGGGCCGGCGCCCGGCCGAGGCGGCGGCGGCGGCAGUGGCGGCGGCGGCGGCGGCUGUGAGCAGUUUCUGUUGCGGGCUGACAAGGCGGGGCGCACCGCCAUGCACCUGGCCGCGGCGGCCGGCAGCGAGGAGUGCGUGCGGCUACUGCUGGAGGCGGCGGAGGCGGCGGACGCGGCGGCUGUAGCAGCUGCAGUCGCAGCUGAGGCGGCGGAAGGAGCGGAUGGCGGCGGCGGAGGAGGAGGAGGAGGAGGCGGUGGUAGCAGUGCACUGACGCCGCGCCACGUGUCGCCAUCCAGUCGAUCGGGCUCGGCGGCGGUGGCGGCGGCGGCGGCUCGGUCGCCGUCGUCGCAGCAGCAGCUGGGGCCGGUGACGGCUGUAGCAAGGCUGGCUGGCGCCUCCGACGGCGCCGGCCUGACGCCCAUGCACUUCGCCGCCGCCGCCAACUGCCUGGGCGCAGCUCGGCUGCUGCUGGCCGCCGGCGCCGCCAUCUCCGCCGCCGCCGCCGCCGACGUGUUCGAGGCAGCCAUGCCGUGCAAUGCGGGCUGGACCUGCCUCCACGUGGCGGCCAUGCGGGGCCACCUGGACUUCGUGCUGGCCGUGCUGCGACAUCACCUGUCGCUGUCCACGGAGGAGCAGCUGGCCGACUGGAACCCCUCCGCCACCAGCGGCAGCGGCGCCGCCGCCCCAUUCGGCCGCCGCCGCAGCACCGACCCACGGGCCGUCACCGACCGCCGCGGCACCACGGCGGCGGCGCUGGCGGCGGCGCGCGGCUUUGCUGAGCUGGCGGCGGCGCUGGAUCCGGAUCGGCCGUUGGCGGCGGCGAUCAACGGCGAGUCGGCGCUGAUGGGCCGUGACGGGCGGGAGCUGAGGCCGCCGGCCAUGUUUGUGUGCCCCAUCACCCAGGAGGUGAUGCGCGAGCCGGCGGUCGCCUCCGACGGCUUCACCUACGAGCGCGCCGCCAUCGCCAAGUGGCUGGGUGCCGGCAAGCUCACCUCGCCCAUGACCAACCUGCCCUUCACCAGCAGGGCGCUGUACCCGAACAACGUGGUGCGCACAGCCAUCAUGGAGUGGCGCGCCGAGAACGGGCUGCCCGACCCCACACAGCCGCCGCGCGGCACGGGCCGCCGCCUGGCCGGCAGCGGUGUGGUGGCGGACGUGAAUAACGCGGUGGGACGUGGCGGCGGCGGCGGCGGCAUGGGUGGCAGCGCCGGCGGCGGCGUCAGUGGCGAUCCCUUUCUGUCGCACCUACGCGCGCAUGGGCUGUGAACGGGCUGCGGGAGGGCUGCUUGACAUGGGGGUUGAACGCAAGGCCGAGCGGCUUGGCGGGCGGGCGGUUGGUAGUUGUGUAGUCUGCCUAGUUGGUUGGUUGGUUGGGUGCGUGGGCGUGUGCUGGUAUUCAUUUUUUGUUCCAUCGGGAAGCCGUGGGAGGCUGCCGGGCAUCGCCGCAUGGAGCCGAGUGGUGUGUCAUUGUGGUUUUCCUGGCGGUGCGGUGUGACGUGUGUGUGACGUGUGUGUGACAUACGUGUGACCAUGUGUGGUGACGCACCCAGCAGCGACCGCUUCGUUCGGGGCUGCACGCAGGGUCCGGGUUUAUCAACUUCUCCUCAUGAUCCAAUUUCUUUGCUUUGACUUGUUGUUGUUGUUAGGAUAACCAUCUUGACCCAGAUGGGUCUCAUGAAGCACGAGGCUGCAUCCGCAAGAACAAGCGGUGUCGGAAUUCAAUUGGAUUGUCAUGACUGCAUUUGCAUUGGAAUUGGAGCACUGAGUGCCCGUGAUGAGCAUGCGCCAGGAGCGUGCGAUGUUGCGUGUUGGUUGUUUGGAGGCCGCCAGACACACGGACACGCACGUCUGGAGCUUGUACGGCACCAACAUUCACAUCAACGUCAAUCCUUGCGAUUCAAGGCGACGGGGGUAUGAUUGCUGCUGCAAGGCGUUGUGUUGCAGGAGCUGCAACCGAAUCGUAUCGGCGAGUGGGAACAUAGCAGGACAGGCAGAGACGCAGGUUGGUGUGCCGCUUCUUUGAGUGGACGGAGGGGCGCGAUUAGGCAGUAAAGCGCGCAUGCGUGUGACAGUGCAGAGUGGAGGACGGGAGCAGGAGACAUGGAGAGCGAGGGUUAGCCGGAGACGUGGCGGGCGCGGAACAGGUGCAGCGCUUGCAGCUGUGGCUUAAUCCUGGAGGUUGACCUUUGUGUGUUGGGCUGUUGGGGGGUUAUUCAAUCCUGAGGAAUGCCCUAUGCUAGACGCGGCGGACUGGGGAAUUAGAGUGGGUCGGUGCGAGACCGGGCUUGGAGGCGCGCGCGCGUGUGUGUGCGUCUGUUCAACGGAAACAUGUGCGCACGUGUGUGUGUCGGGAAAGGCUGGUGGCACGCAGUGCCGGUGCAGGGCCACGCGCGUGUCUUUGGGCAACGGGUGAGGGGCCCUCGGCCCUGUCCGUGGGGCAGUCUUGGGUCGUGCCGGCGAACAGGCAGCGUAUGUGUAUUCCGCCGGCUGGAGGGAGCGUUUGGAGCAGUACGGUACGUAGCAGUACCACACCAGUAGUAGUUGUCACUAGCAUUACGGCAUCUGGCUUUUCGGAAUCUGAACAUGCGUACGCGACUAUCGUAUCCGCGGUGAGCCACGAUGCUGAUACCGUUACGGGUUUUUCGCCGCGCGCGGUUCCUGUCUGCCCGGUGCACCACUUUGAACGAAGUACGAUGUGUGUUUGUGCGUGUUGGGGUCCUUGGAGGUUUGAGGCGUGGAAGAAGUCGGCACGGGAAGGCCCCGCACUCGCACUAAACCUGCACCGGAACUCUCCUUUCCUCUGCUCCCGGACGUUUUUAGACAAGUGGGUAUGGGGUGUGUGUGUGUGUGUGUGUGUGUGUGUGUGUGUGUGUGUGUGUGAUUGUACGCGCGCGUGCAUUUGGAGUACGAGUGCAGGCGGCGCGCGUGUGAGGUGUAUGCGCUGGUACUGGUAGGUAUAGAUGUUCUCUUAAGUUGGUGGGCGGCUGCAUGAAAGUGGAAUUGCGGAAGGUGGCCAUGCAUGGCAAAUGGCGAUGGCCGUGACGCAAUCGAGUACGAAUGCAUAAUGCAUGUAUGGGGCAACAAGCAGGCGGUCGACCGGCAUUGUGGAGCACGCAAGUGCAGGAAGUGGCGGUGUGUGUGCUGAGGUGGUGCGCAUGUGUGGGUGUGAGUUUAUCGCUGCCACGCACUCCACACAAGUUCUGUCCCUCACACGCCGUGUUGAGAAUAAUGUUUACCGCAUGGCUGGUGAGGUGCGCUUCGCGGCGCCCGGGUUACAGAUGCGGUGUGGUAACGGGUAAUUGCGGUAUGGUGACGGUGACUUGCAUGGCGUGCGCAGAAGAGGGUUGGCUGCAAGUCCAGUAGCCAAGGACUGGCAAUACGGGAAUACUUGGACAGUGAUUUGCAUCUGAUCUGGGGAACACCUGGUGUAAGCGUUCUUUGGCAUCCGCGGAGCGUUUUAAUGCCUACAACUGCUGGACACGUGGUAAGCAAGUGGGUGCAAAUUAAAAUGAGAAAGGGCAAUGACGAUUAACGACAUGGGAACCCCUGAUUGACUGGGUGCUGGGCGGGCCGGCGGGGUGGCCAGCGGGGAUGUUCUCCGGCUGCUGUCCGGCCCUCUCCCCAAGUAGGCGGGGCCUUCUGAGAUUCAAAUGGUCCGAUAUACCGCCGGCGGGCAAAGCAACGGCCAAUCAAGGGAGCUCUCCCGAAGCCAUCCAGAG